AUGGCAAUUUGGUUUGCUGGAGAGGAUUUGGAAGUCAGUGAGUUUAUCAGAGAUACUAUGCUGCUAAACUUCAAUUUGAAUCCCCAGGAGUAUACAUACGCAGCUUCACUUUUCUAUCGGAUAAAUCCAUUGACCAGUUUGGAAUAUCCGAGUAUUUCUGAUUUUUUAUUCGUCCUGAAUAUUGAUUUUAUAAUUAUUUCUGGUUUUUCAAUUAUCACAUUUUGUUGGUACCGGCUUCGGAAAAUUUUUACAGAGAUCACUUUCAAUUUUCGGACCCAAGUUUCCAGACGAACUUUAGAAAUGCAACAUCAACUAUUCAAAUCUUUAGUUGCUCAAACAGUAUUUCCGUUAUUUCUUCUUUUUUUCCCAGCUGGAUGUGUUUUGAUUUUUCCGAUUUUUAAACUUCAACCCGGAAGAUUUUUCGAAGCAUUUUUACUACCAUUGAUGGCAACCCAGUCAUUCAUUGACUCUGUAGUACCCAUGUACUUUAUAAAGGAAUAUAAGAAAGCGAUAAGAAAAGUUUUCGGGAAGAAAUCAAAUCCGGAAACAUCUACAGGAAACGCUAGAGUUUUUCCAAUCUUAGAAGAGCUGAUGACUUUUAUUGGAUCAAAAUACCCUCACUAUCGUCAUACUGUUCUCCCCGUCAUUAUCGUCUUCUUUUUUAUUUUUUUCUCCACUCGACUUCUCGACGAAACCAAAAAAGUAACGUCUCCAGAAGUAGCCCAGAAUAACAGAACUAAUGAAUUUUUCUACUCAAAAUGCCAUGGUAAUGAAAGGGAUGAUUCGUUGAGAGUGGCUGAGAAUGCGGAUUUUGUGAAGCAACAGAUUCCAAGUGGACAGCUUACAAUUGUUAUAAACGCUCUUUUCAUGUUUGGAACAACGACGAUAAGCCCGAGAAGUUUGGUUCUUUUUAUUCUUGGAGUCAUCAGUGUUGCUUUCUUUUUCAUGGCACAUUUUCCAUCGCAACUUCAGAUGAGUAUAUUUGUGACGCUGGUUUUUAGUGAAGCAAUCCGCGCAUCCGCACGAGCACUAUCCAUUGUAUUCGUUCGGCUUCCAUCGGAUCAACCGUUGAAUAUGUCGCACAGUUUUGAAGUAUUCGGAUUUAUAACGAUAAUUAUGGGAUUUUUGGCUUAUUACACAUUCCACGAUUCCCUCCACAAUUUGUUGGCCAGAAGUAAAACGGAUAAAAUGCAAGACCGAGUUUCAGUCAUUUUUGAGAAAGCUGAAAUUCCAUUAUCUCCAGACGCAGUUAUCGAUCAGAUUGCUUUUGAGAGUUUCGAAAACGCAGAAAAUCCCAUAGAGAUUCUUGUGAAAACUUUGAAAUCCUUCAAACUAGUUCGAGAAGUGCUCAUUUGCGGUCUGAUUUCUGGUGCGUGUCUGGCGGUUACGGCAUUUGCAGAGGCUAAAAUUAAUCGACACGGUGAAGUGAUGUACUUUGAAAAAACACUAAUUCCUGGAGCCACUUAUGUGAUUUUCGCGGUUAUUGUGAUUAUUUUGGCGGUACUAAUGCCCAAAAAACGAAUUCUACCGGUCAUCAUUUUGACACCGAUACUUUUUGUUUUUGCUCUCAUGGUUUUCCUAAUCCCUGCAUUUUUCAAGUCAUUGGAUGAAUGUACUCAGCAUUGGAUUGUCAGCGACACCGUUUUCCCUGUCUACCUGGCCAUCGCAGUUUUCACCUCUGCCCUAACCGAUGUCAUUCGAUUCUAUGUGAAAGUUCAUUUGCUGGAAGUGAUGCCUGCUCUGAUUCGUGCGCCGAUUUAUACAGUACUUCGUUUUGUACAAUAUUCUUUCGAUGGAAAUGUUCGAGCGCUCUACGAAACCGAAUCAAUUGGCGGAGAGGCAAUUCUAAUCCUAAUUUCCGUUAUUGCGAUGCUAGUUUUGCUGAUUGAUCCGAGAAAGAAAAACGAGAUGAAUAAUACGGAUAAGCAGAAAACGAUUCCACCGGCACCGGAAUUCGUGAACUAG